GCAUUGAAGUAUCUAUUGCAAGCGUUGCACUGGCAUUGGCAAUGGCAGGCUACAAAGGUGCGUUGUUCAAUGCACUUCCUUGGCAGAAUGGUUGCCUCGUGGCGAGCUCCCUUCUCGUGAUCAUUUUCAGGAUUUCCAUCUCACCAAUGAAUGAUGGAAAGUUGGGCCCCUUGAGAAGCUAUAUGACUCCAUGCCUUUCUAUCCAAUAGUACGGAACGAAUUUACAUCCCCAUGUGGGUUUGCAAAGACCUUAGUAAUCUUGUUUGCAAGCAGGCUAGAGCCUGACCCCCAUCGAGCCUGGCAGAUCAUUUCCUGUACAUAAUGCCACAACUCCUGGAAGUUUCUGCUGAGGAUCGCACUGCCCAGAUUGAGGAGCUGGAGGUUUUGCAGUCUAUCUAUGGGGAGCAGUGCAGCGUUGCGACAGCGGGCGACAGCUGUGAGAUCCGCAUAAAUCCUCUGGAGGCCUCCGACGCCAGCCUGCUCCUACAAGUCCACCUGCCAGAGGACUACCCCUCUUGCAGCCCCCCCGUCGCGGAGCUCGAGGCGCCGUGGCUCACGCCAGAAACGAGGGAGCGCGUGUGGCAGGGGAUGGCUGCGGUGUAUUCAGAAGACCCAGGAGAACCAGUGCUGUUCAGAUGGACAGAGUGGAUCAAGGAACAGGACUCCCUCUGGGAGGCUGCCGACAGCUGGCACAAACAGCGGCGCAACGAGGCGCGGGACAUUUCCGACCGGGAGCUCGCGCGGGGCCUCGAGGAAGAGAGUCUACGGCAGGAGAUUGGCAACCGCGCGCGCCAGCUGGCAACUAGAACGGAGGCAGAGGAAGCCGCGGGGCGGGAGAUGGAAACGAAGCUGGGGAUCGUACACGGGUCACCGUUUGUGGACAGGAAAAGCACAUUUCAGGCGCACCUGGCGGAGGUUCACUCCUCAGAGGACGUCGAGCGGGCAAUGCAGGCGCUGCUGGCGAACCGCAAGAUCGCCGGCGCGACGCACAACAUCAUGGCGUUCCGGAUACACCAGGACCAAAGCUCCAGCUUUCUGCAAGACUGUGACGACGACGGAGAGGCGGCCGCGGGGGGCCGGCUGCUGCACCUGCUCCAGAUCGUCGACGCUCGCAACGUGAUGGUUGUCGUCUCACGGUGGUUCGGAGGGACGCUCCUGGGCCCUGACCGAUUCAAGCACAUCAACAACGUCGCGCGGGCCAUCCUAGAGGAGUGCGGGCACAUCAAGGGGAAGGGAGACAACCCGAAGAGCACAAAGGGCAAGAAGCGGUGACCAUCUGCUGCGCCGCUUAUGCAACUGUCAGCAAUGGUGGACUCGGAAGCCACCAUAUCCACCCCCCUCACAGUUUAUACGGCUCCCUUCAGCACCAUAACUGCGGCACCUCGCCGAUCGUGCGGGAGGACCACACCACAUGUGGGCGCGUCUGUUAUCCGGGAGCCCUGCCAGUGUCCAAAACGACGUCGACGGCAGACGUAAGACUGAUGCGGCUAAUUUCGGACGUUCUUAGUUUCGGACGGGCAAACCCGAAAUUUUCUUUCAGACUCAGCUAACCCAGUCUGCGGCUGCUCGAGCGCGUCGAUUCCGACGUCGCAUUUCAAGUACCAUCAGAAGACAAGCCGCGCGCAACACAUUUUACAUACGCGCUUAUGCGGCCUGCGGCCGCAGACUGGAUCAGACAGUCCGAGAUUAAGUUACGAGUUUGCCCUUCAAACUCGAAAACAUCCGAAGUCAGCCGCACCAGUCUUAAGGACGUUCCGCUUCCGGAUGCAGAACGAAAGGCUCGUGUCCGAAUCCUCAGAUCGAGGAUCUCGCCAUUAAGUGUGCAAGAAUGUAAGGACUAGUGGUGCUGCCCACGUGGGAGCAAGAUUUUCGAGUUCGGGGGCGGUUCUAGUCCCGAAGCCACCGGUCCUGACAAGCGACCGAUCGCCGGCUGACCGGCGUGCAAGUAUGGAACUGAUAGUGUGAAAUUUGAAAUUUUGGUGAUCAAGUCAUGAAGUUCAUUCUCGUCAUAAGGUGGCAGAGGGGGUCUCGAAGAAGAGCGGACCUGAUUGAGAUACGACAAUGGUUAAGGGAAGAAAAUGACUCAGAGAUAAGUAGCUUAAAAAUGUUGAUGAAAGCUUUGUAAGCCAAAGUGGAUUUUGCGCAAAAGGCUUUCAAUCUUU